AUGCAGCUAUCACUGUUCCUCCAGAUCAUCUCCAGCAGCCUCGUAGCUGCCCAAUUCGGAUCCACCCUCAACAAUGGCAUGCCGAUAACAUGCGGAACUGGCUACAUACCAUCGCUAACCUGCGAUACACCCAACGGUAUGUGCUCCUGCACAUGCGGCAGCGGAGCUGUCUACCAGAAACCCGAGUCCUCACUCAACACCGGUCCAGACCCCAUAGACUUCUCUAUUCCGCAACGCCUCGCGACUAAGCCCUGCACGGGCGACGAACUCACACCCUGGCAAAUAAUCAACGUGCGCCGUGCAGGGGGAACGCUACAGGAUUCCACGCUUGAAUCUACAACUAUCGACAAUCCCGAGGACAGCAUUCUCCUCGUGGCUGAUUCGAUAAAUAGGUGUGAGCGGUUCGAGGUAUACAUUGAUGGUCUAUUGGUGGGAGAAACGUCGGGAGAAGGGCCCCGCGAUAAUUACUUGUGCGGUGCCGUAGAAAAGUGCAUGAAGGAAGGUGCAGAUUUCGCUUAUUUUACUCUUCCGCGAGGAAAACAUACCAUUGGUACCAAAUGGGUCAAGGCAACCGACGCAUGCAAGUCCUGGCCCAAUGGCGUUGCGAAUAUCCAGACGUACAAGCCUUGCAUGUAA